CCAAAAAAAUAAUCAUAAAAAUAAAUAAUUUCUCCCAUUACUAAUUAUUUUUAUUUAUUAUUAUUAUUAUUUUUUUACUUCUUCUCUUUCAUUUUCAUUUCACAACUUCAUCUUCUUCUCUCUACCAAAAAAACUUUUUUUUUUGUUUCUGAAACAAACCCUAGAAAAAACCAAAACCCUUGAUCUUGGUGGUCGGAGUGGUAGUGAUACUCCUCUUCACCGCCAUUAUUUCCGGCUGGAGUUUGACUUGAGUAGACCCAUAUGAUCCGAUCUGGGGUUUCCCUGAAACCCAUUUUCUUGAAGAAGAGGAAGGUGAGUGUGUUGUGUAGUGAAACUUGAAUUAGGGUUUUGAGAGGGAGAAGAAUCGGAGUAUAUACGAAAAUGUAUAAAAACCAGCUUCAAGAGCUAGCUCAAAGGAGCUGCUUUAACCUACCUUCUUAUACAUGUAUUAGAGAAGGUCCAGACCAUGCGCCGAGAUUCAAAGCUACCGUUAACUUUAACGGUGAGACCUUUGAAAGCCCUCACUAUUGUUCAACUCUCCGUCAGGCUGAACACUCCGCCGCCGAAGUUGCUCUUAACUCUCUAUCUAGCCGUGGCCCUUCUCACUCUCUCGCCGCUAGGAUUCUGGAUGAGACUGGGGUUUACAAAAACCUGUUACAGGAAAUAGCUCAAAGAGUUGGAGCUCCAUUGCCCCAAUAUACGACAUACCGUUCGGGUCUCGGGCACCUGCCAGUUUUUACAGGGACAGUUGAAUUAGCAGGGAUCAUUUUUACAGGAGAACCAGCUAAGAAUAAAAAACAAGCAGAGAAGAAUGCGGCAAUGGCAGCCUGGUCAUCUUUAAAACAAUUGGCGAAAGAAACAGCAAGUUCUUCAUCUGAACCAGAAAGCAGCGAUGAGUUGGAGCAGAUCACAAUAGCUCGAGCAUUGUCGAAUUAUCGGUUGAAGGAAAAAAUGGCGAAUCCUAAUGCACCAAUACCAUUUCCAAAGAAGUUUCCAAUUCAGCACACAAGGCCAACAAGUCCACAACCUCCCCCAGCAACCACAUCGAAAAUACUCCCCUUAAUUUGUCAAAAGGCAGCUUCUCGGCACAGACCCUAUCCUAGUUUACUUAACGACAGUCAUAUGUUACAACCACAGGCUCUUCCACCUGAAAACCGUGGGUGCCGUCCUCUGAAGUUCCCUGCUGUAGGAGCAGCACCUUAUGUCCCCAUCCGCCAAAUGAGGACUUCUUGCCAUGGCAUAGCACCACCCGUAACAAUAAGAACCGCCGUACCUGUGUUCUCUGCUCCCCCACUUCCUCCACCUACUGCAAUAUCACACCAGGUUAUGCGAGCACCUCCUGUACGAAUCGUUCCUCCUGUAAAUAUCAGACAAGCUGUGCCAGUAUUUGCCACCCCACCUGUUCGAAAUUUCGUUCCUCUAGUUAGAAAAAACGAUCCUCUACCAAUUCCAAAAGAAGAUCAACCUGCAGUUUUGAAAAAAGACCAUCCAGCCUCAUCCCCUGCCCCGAAUCCUACACUGCAUAAUCAAUCACCUACUCAAACAGACGAAGCGAGGAGCAAACCUGUAGUAAUGAAUGAUUUAGUAGAAUCGAAGACGGUCACAGCACAGUUCCUGGAACAACUUAAGAUCUGAGAGGUUUGAUACUAAAGAAUCAAGGGAAAUACUGUUGUGGUUUUUGUGCCAAUCUUAAGUUUGUUUUUUGCUAUUGUUCUCAUUUUACUUUACCUGUUUUUUUUUCCCUUUUAAUCUUCUGCCCUUUUUUGUUCUGUUAAAAAAAAAAGAAAGCUACAGUUGGGAGGUUAAAUUAGUAUCAGCAUUCUCAUAUCUACUACUACUACUCCAUUCAAGAGUAGGUGUUUUCAGCCCCAUUUGGUAUCUUUCUUUCUGUGUCUUGUUUUUCAACUGUGCAUAUUAUAAUUUGCUCAUUCUGGCUCAUUAGUCAUCACCAUUAUAGGUUGCAACAUUUCACUCUUGUUUGUUGUUUUUCUUAGUUGAGAAUAAUCUUGCAUGGGGGGCCUAUUUUAGACCAUACUGAUUAAAGGAGACCCCUCCUUAUUUAAUUCAAUUCUUGUUUUGGCCAAGCAUGAAAUUAAUGGCUUUACAUAUAUAAACCCAUUUCAAUUUGU